AUGUACCUGUACAAAGCAGCCUGCAGCGAGCUGCCUGUACCCAGACAGAUAAGUCAGAAGACGGAGAGAGGCCUGAACCACACCCUCCAGAGACAGGGCCCCGGUAUGAGCUCCAGGCCCACGGCAGGGUGUCUGUGCCGGGGAGUCCGGGCCGGCUGUGCCCUGGAGGUCAGACGCGUGGAGGAGUUUGGCCGCAUGCAUGGCCAGUCCCUGCAGGACAGCGUGGAGAGAAGGACUAAGAUGCCCUACAGGAAUCUUGGGAAAUCGGGACUGCGGGUGUCAUGCUUGGGUCUCGGUACGUGGGUAACCUUUGGAGGACAGAUCUCUGAUGAGCUAGCAGAGCAGCUAAUGACCAUCGCCUAUGAGAACGGCGUUAAUCUCUUUGACACCGCUGAGGUCUACUCCGCCGGAAAAGCAGAGAUAAUCCUUGGAAAUAUCAUCAAGAAGAAAUGUUGGAGGAGAUCCAGUCUGGUGAUCACCACCAAGCUGUACUGGGGGGGAAAAGCAGAAACAGAGAGAGGCCUCUCCCGCAAACACAUCAUUGAAGGUCUGAAAGGGUCCCUGCAGAGGCUCCAGUUGGAGUAUGUGGAUGUGGUCUUCGCCAACAGGCCAGACAACAACACGCCCAUGGAGGAGAUUGUGAGAGCCAUGACUCAUGUGAUAAACCAGGGCAUGUCUAUGUACUGGGGGACAUCUCGUUGGUCUGCCAUGGAAAUCAUGGAGGCAUACUCUGUGGCCAGGCAGUUUAAUCUGAUUCCGCCCGUGUGUGAGCAGGCAGAGUAUCACUUCUUCCAGAGAGACAAAGUGGAAAUCCAGCUCCCUGAGCUCUACCAUAAAAUAGGUGUGGGUGUGGUCUCCUGGUCCCCUCUGGCCUGUGGAAUCAUCACGGGCAAGUAUGAGAACGGCGUCCCAGAAUCCUCCAGGGCCUCCAUGAAGUCAUACCAGUGGCUGAAAGACAGGAUUCUGAGUGAAGAUGGCAGAAAACAACAGGCUAAACUGAAGGAGCUGCAUCAUAUUGCUGAGAAACUGAGCUGUACCUUACCACAGCUAGCCAUAGCCUGGUGCCUGCGUAACGAAGGCGUGAGUUCGGUUCUUCUGGGAACGUCCAAUGCAGCACAGCUGACGGAGAACCUGGGGGCGAUACAGGUUCUUCCAAAGAUCACCUCCCACAUAGCUUCUGAUAUUGACCGUAUCCUUGGUAACAGACCCCAUAGUAAGAAGGACUACCACUCAUAG